UUGAGAGAGAGAGAGAGAGAGAGAUGAUUGCAGCCUAAGAAACGUUGGGACAGAGGAAGCCGAGUCCCACCGCUGCUGACCAUAAAGGGUGGAGGGAGAGUGCUCGAUCCUGCCAUCAAAUACCAUUUGUUUCUCCUCCUCCCCUUUCCCUAUUCCCUUUGCUUCCCGCAGCGGAAUCAAACCCAAAAACCAUCAGCUCCAUCUGAUACCAAUGAUGACGAGAACCAGAGGACACGAGUAAUUUCCAGUACAUUUCAGCUAAAGAGCUGACAACACCACCCGGACUCACCUCCUCUCCUCCUCCCCGUACUCGACCCAUCAUUUGGUCUCUCUGCUUCAGUUGAAUUAAGAUUCGAAGGUUUUCUGCAGCGAUCACUGUCAAGGAUGCUCCCGCCGAAGCAAGCUGAGGAAGCAGCCAUCCCGGCGACUGACAUUGCUACCUUCAGCAAUGAGACGGCGCAAGGUGGCGACAAGGAGCGGGGAGGCGAGACAGACUCCGUGUUCAGCAUGAAGAGCCUCCUCUGGCACGGCGGCUCCGCCUGGGACGCCUGGUUCAGCUGCGCCUCCAAUCAAGUGGCGCAGGUGCUGUUGACGCUGCCCUACUCGUUCUCGCAGCUGGGGAUGCUGUCCGGGGUGAUCCUGCAGAUGUUCUAUGGCUUCCUCGGAAGCUGGACGGCGUACCUCAUCAGCGUCCUCUACAUCGAGUACCGCGCCCGAAAGGAGAAGGAAAACGUCAGCUUCAAGAAUCACGUCAUCCAGUGGUUCGAGGUGCUGGAUGGGCUGCUGGGGCCAUACUGGAAGGCCGCCGGCCUCGCCUUCAACUGCACCUUCCUCCUCUUCGGCUCCGUCAUUCAGCUCAUAGCCUGUGCCAGCAACAUAUACUACAUCAACGACCGGUUGGACAAGAGGACGUGGACGUACAUAUUCGGCGCCUGCUGCGCCACGACGGUGUUCAUACCUUCCUUCCACAACUACAGGAUAUGGUCCUUCCUCGGCCUCGGCAUGACCACCUACACCGCCUGGUACCUCACCAUUGCCGCCGCCGUCCACGGCCAGGUGGAAGGGGUGACGCACUCGGGUCCAACGCAGCUAGUGCUCUACUUCACCGGCGCAACCAACAUUCUCUACACCUUCGGCGGCCACGCCGUGACCGUGGAGAUCAUGCACGCGAUGUGGAAACCGCAGAAGUUCAAGCACAUCUACCUGCUGGCCACGGUGUACGUGUUCACCCUGACGCUGCCGUCGGCGGCCGCCACCUACUGGGCCUUCGGCGACCAGCUUCUGACGCACUCCAACGCCUUCUCGCUGCUGCCCAAGUCGAGGUGGAGGGACGCCGCCGUCAUCCUGAUGCUGAUCCACCAGUUCAUCACCUUCGGCUUCGCCUGCACCCCGCUGUACUUCGUGUGGGAGAAGGUGAUCGGAAUGCAUGACGCCAAGAGCGUCUGCCUGCGCGCCCUCGCCCGGCUUCCCGUCGUCAUCCCCAUCUGGUUCCUAGCCAUCAUCUUCCCCUUCUUUGGCCCCAUCAACUCCGCGGUGGGCGCUCUCCUCGUCAGCUUCACCGUGUACAUUAUUCCCGCUCUGGCACAUAUGCUCACCUACCGGACACCAUCUGCACGACAGAAUGCAGCGGAGAAACCGCCAUUCUUCUUGCCGAGCUGGACGGGAAUGUACGUGGUGAACGCCUUGGUGGUGGGAUGGGUGCUCGUCGUCGGCUUCGGACUCGGCGGAUGGGCCAGCAUGACCAACUUCGUCAGGCAAGUCGACACCUUUGGGCUCUUCGCCAAGUGCUACCAGUGCCCCAACCCCCAUCCUCCUCACCCUGCCCUUCCGCCACAGCAGCGUCGCCAGCUUUGAACUGAUGCACCUCUACUUAGUUCUCCGUUUCACCGGAAACAUAGGAAGGAAUGCUUGGACGAGAGGCUGUGCUGAAUGCUUUGUCCUGCGUUUCUAUUCUUUUGGCACUACACGAUGGUUUCCUCGCAUGUUGUAACUUCUUCUGUCUGGUUGUUCAACGCGUUAAAUUGCAGGAAUAAUCGUGUUGCAGCUUUACACAUGCAAA